AUGGCGGAUGACAAUAUCUACGACGAGAUCGAAAUUGAGGACAUGACCUACGAUUCUACGCUGCAGGUCUACCACUAUCCCUGUCCAUGUGGCGACCGCUUCGAAAUUUCGCUGGACGACUUGCGCGACGAAGAGACGGACAUCGCAGUGUGUCCCAGCUGCAGCUUACAAAUCAGAGUCAUAUACGAGCUGAAGGAUCUGCCGCAGCCGGAGCAGGAACAACGGCAGGCGAGCAGCAUGCCGCAGGGGCAGCAGCAAGCUGUGGCAGCAGCG